UUUGGACCGGUGAUUCAUCAGGUCCAUCGAGUUCUUGGUUGUCAGUGUUGUUUCCCGUUCUUUUGGCCGCAAAGAAAGUUGUCUUCGAACAUGUUAAUUGUGACGCGAUUGUACGAGGGGCCGUGGGUUUUUUGUAGCAGUCGAUUUCUUUUAACGGUCUAAGUUUGGCCAAAAGAAAGCACUUUUUGUUUAAGCCGAUAAUCCAAUACAUCGAGGCGUUUGUCAAAUCCCCACUAGUGUUCUGAACUCGGUCUUAAAGUUUAACUCCAUUAAGCAGGCUUAAAGUCUAUCCGUAAAAUAACUCACUUUUUAGGAGAUGUCGUCGGAUACAACAUAAAUCAAGUUGGUUUAAGAGUGUAAUUAAAGUUCAGAGAAUUUCCACAUAACUACAAGUGAAUUUAAAGUCCAUAAUAAAGAUUGUUAUUUAAUGCUACAUUUGAACCAAACCAUUUUGGUCUUUUAUACUUUUAUUGUUAAAUGUUAUAAGACAUCAAACAUUUAAAAAUCGUUUCAAGAUUAGUGAUCACUGAAAUCAAGCUAUGCCAGCCUAGACUUUUGGAAUGUAUUUUAAAACUUAAGAACUGUCCGUUUGAAAAUGCAUAUAUCUCAAAUAAAUCUAGAAAUAAAUUUCAGCAUGAAGCCAUUAAUUUCAAGACUUAUUAAUUUUUCCAAUAAAUCAUUAUUAUCAAGAUUUAUUAGAGAUAAUAAUGGACAUACAUAUAAUUAUUUAUUUUUUACAUAGGAUUUACACACUAUAGUAUUAAAACAAAUCAAAACACCAUAGCUAUUUAAAUGCAUAUUAAAACUGUCGAAGGAACCAUUAAGUUAUUUCUGAUUUAAAACAAAUGCAAUUUGUUGUUGUUGCGUAAUUAUAUACCCUAUAUGUUAUUCUGAAAAAGCACGCAAAUAUGUGGCCAGAUAAGCAGGCGACACUACUGCUGGUAACCGCGAUCACCGCUCUCAAAUUGGAGGAAACCGACUCAUUUAGGCGCAACUUUGAUGCGCGCCAAAGCAGCAACUCAAAUAUUCCGCUGUGGAAGCAACGAGCCUGUGAGAAGUCGCAGAAACAGAAGCAAAAUGCACACUACGUGUGCGAUGAAAAGGGCGACUUCAAGUGUCUUCCGGGUUGGCAGGGUGAUCUCUGUCAGGUGCCCAUGUGCCGGCGGGGCUGUGACCCCAUGAACGGUUACUGCCAGCGACCCGGCGAAUGCAGGUGCCGCAUCGGAUACAGUGGCGAGAUGUGCGACAAGUGCAUCCCGCUGCCCGGCUGCCAACACGGCGGAUGCACCAAGCCCUUCGAGUGCAUCUGCCAGCCCGGCUGGGCCGGACUCUUCUGCACGGAACCCAGUUGCCGGAGCGGAUGCCACAGCACCCGGGGAUAUUGCGAGGCGCCCGGCGAGUGCCGCUGCCGGAUUGGCUACGCCGGACGCACCUGCUCCGAGUGCGCCACGAUGCCGGGCUGCCAGCACGGCACCUGCAACAAGCCGCUCGAGUGCCUCUGCCUGCCCGGCUACACAGGACUGCUCUGCCAGACGCCUUUGUGCGACCCCGACUGCAGCAAACAGCAUGGAUAUUGCCGCAAGCCUGGCGAAUGCCGCUGCAAGGUGGGCUGGACGGGCAGCCAGUGCGACAAGUGCUUUCCGUAUCCGGGCUGUGCCAACGGCGACUGUGAGGCGCCGUGGGAGUGCAACUGCCAUCCCGGCUGGGGCGGAAUGCUCUGCGACGAGAAACUCACCUACUGCGUGGAGCAUCCGGACACGUGCGAGAACGAGGGCAAGUGCAUGUCGCUGAGUCGCGAGGAUGGGAGCUACCGCUGCCAGUGCCGGCAGGGAUUUCUGGGCAAGAACUGCGAGAUACGGGAUGACUUUCUGCUGACCUCGGUGGCGCCACCGCGCAUCACGCCGCCCACACCCUCUGAAUUGGAAUUGGAACUGGACCAGGAGCAGGACCAUGAACAGGAGCAGGAGCAGGAGCAGGAAACAGGUGUAGCUAUGCCUUUACCCGAUGAAAGCACGCUGGGUAACGAGCCGAAGCGCCGGACAAAUGACACCGCAGCUGUGCCAACCGCAGGAGCAGGAGGAGCAGGAGGAGUAGGAGGAGCAGGAGGAGCAGGAGGCAACAAAAACACCACUGCCACAAGGACGAAAGUGGUGGCAACUGGAGCUGGCAGCCACAAUGCGACUAAUGAAGCGUUAAGCGCCAUUACAACGAGGCGUGCCACCCCAGUGACACCAGCACCAUCGCCAUCGCCAUCGUCAUCGCCAUCGUCAUCACCAAUACUAGUAGCAACAUCCGGGGAAAAAAACGUUAAGGGCGAUGCAACAAGUGUGGCAGCAGCGACAGGACCUCUGCCACGCCCCACACAGCUCACUAGCCAGGAGCAAACAAUAGCAACAUUGGCGCCAGCUGCAACAGCAACACCAGCAGCAACAGCAGUAACAGCAACAGCAACGGCUACAGCAGCAAUCUCCCCCGUGAGCAGCCACAAGGACAAGCCAAAUGUGGAGGUCGAGGAGGAGGAAGAGGAGGAUGAUGACGAGGACGACGAGGAGGACGAGGAUGACGAGGAUGGCGAGUACGACGAAGAGGAGGACGAGGACGAUGAGGAGGAUGACAGCGAUCAACUCAUACCAAAUAUUAUAUAGUUAAGCAGCCGACAAAUGGCUAGUAAUUCUAUUAUUUAUAUCCGGUGCUCAUGUAGGGAUUUGUUAUCUGCCAAUUGAAGCAUUCGCUAAUCUUGAAGAUAUGUUUCUACAAGAGGUUGAAAUUAAAUAAUUAAAAUAAAAAGUAUAAAAAUGAUGCCACAAUUCUAAUCCAUUGAGUACCGAGUAUCUCUUUGCUUACUUGUUUUUCUUUUUUUUUUUUUAUCA